CUUUCCCUCAUAAUAAUCUUCUCGAUUUUCCACGCAUCCGUUCUGAAGCAGCCACUGGACCAGUUGAUCUCGGACGCAACAGUUUCUCCCUUCUUUGUCAGUGUUUGGGCAGUGAGCGCAGUUUGGGUUUUCCGGCUUGUUUUUCUCGUUAACGUCAUGGUCUCGCGCUUUCCCCUGAAGUUAUUGCUGGUUUUUCUCUCAGUUUAUGUUUGCAUGGUUCAAUCAGAUGAGCCUUGCAAUUUAGACUUUGAACGAACCCUCCAAACUCUCUUUGCCCCUCAAGAGCAACCAAGCCCUCAAAUAAGAUCUUUGAGGAGAUACUUUAUCUCGAUACUGCACAGCAUGGUAGCUAGGGCUGAAGAAGCUGAAGGCUGGAACACCUACGUUUAUCCCAAAAGAAGUUUGGAAGCUUUGGCUAGAGCUGGAUACCUUCACACUUUACCAGAUGAAGAGGAUAACCAAACAGACAGCAACGAUAAGAGAAGUCUAUCCGCUCUAGCCAAGAAUGGUCAGCUUCCUGUUCAUAGACUUAGAGAUGAGGAGAGUUUCAAGAGGAGUGGCACUCCAGUUAGUACAAAUGACAUCAACAAGGAAAUGCAGAAGAUGUUGGACGAUCUUUACAACAAUCUAGCUCAGGUGGAAACUACCAAACGCAACAUUGCCUCAAUAGCUCGUGAUGGAGGCUUUUUAGGCAAGAGGAAUGUGGCAGCUCUUCUGAAGAACGACAGGUAUUUGAGUAACAUGUUGAAUGGUAAAAGGAACAUAGCUUCGGUGAAGGCGAGUUACAAACCUAGGUAUAAGAGAGAAAUGAAUGACUUGGAUUACUAUGAAGAUGAGGACUACCAGAAUCUUCAAAACAUUGAUAGAUAUGAGAAGUUGGUGGAGGAAAUUCUGGAAGGGCAGCAGCAGCCUCAAAAGCGGUUUUUGGGAUCAAUUGCCAGAAAUGGGUGGUACAAUUCUCCAAGGAGCUCAUCAAUACGUUCCACUUCAAACACAGGCAAACGUCACAUAGGUUCACUAGCAAGAUUAGGGUGGUUACCCACUAUCCGAAAUGUCAGAAGAUUCAGUAGAUCAGGCAGGUCGUCUUCUGGCAGAUGCAGGGAGGCUUCCUCAGAUGGGCAAGACGAAGACUACUUCCUCACCGACAACACCGUAGAUAACAAACGUUUUCUACCAGUACCGGCUAUGUGGAAAGUUCCAUUGCAAACAUUCAAUUACUAAUGGCUAAAACAUUAUUAGAACUAUAAAAAAAAUCAUAUUUUGACACCAGGACAACUUCCUGGUGUCCAACCAUCAGAAGAUCACAUCGAAACAUAUCACCUCCCAGAAUAGUUAUCAAAUGUGAUGGGAUUUUCCAUGAAAUAAAACGGACAUAUCUUUCUUGAAAAAAAAAAUCAUACAAUAUCAUCUCCUUUUGUCGAAAGGAAAAAAAUCAUUGUAGAAAGGCCAACUGAUAUCGAUUUAAAUCAGAGGAUUUACCCUCAUAACUUUAAUGAUAACUAACACUCUAAUCUAAUUCCAAAAUCUCCAUAUAUGACUGAAUUUUUAAAUGCGAAAUGGUUAUUGGUUUAAAAAUAAUGAGCGCGAUUUUGGAUGGAAUUUUAUGGAGUGAUAUACAUAUUUAGUCAUCUGUUCCUGGCUGGAAAUUCAUGACAAUAUGUUGCUGUAUUUGACAAUACUUGAUUGACACUAAAAGAUUAACUCGGACAAUAAAUGUAUUAACAAUAAUGUUCAUGUAAAAUUUUAUGAGAGCUUUCUAUAUAUAUGGAAUAAAUUAUUGAUUAAAAUCGAGAUUUAAAAUGUAUUUAUGUAUAUUUAGUGUUCGUCUUGAAGGGAAAUACACAUAUGAACAAGA